UAAUUUUUUAUAAUUACUAAUCGCCGACUAUUAUGAAAAUACAGAAAAUUUAUCUUAAUCUACUUAAAAAUUUUAAUAGAAAUAAUGGUUAUAACAAGACCUUAUUAAUUAAUGAAAGUGGAGAAGAGUAUGAAGAAUUGAUGAAUGGCAGUGUCCCAUGUCCCAGCUGUAAAGGGCUAGGGAAAAUUCCAAAAGAACAAGAAGCCAAACUAAUUGCACUAAUUCCUUACUCAGAUGACAGAUUGAAACCCAGAAGAACAUCUUUAUACGUCACCCUAUCGAUUCUCAUUUGCACUGUUAUGAGUGGGUUACUCAUUUGGUUCCUGUUCCCUCGUUCUACCACCCUCAGAAGCUCUAUUUACAAGAUCCAGCCUUAUUACAUUCACGUAAACAUCACGCAAAACGUAGUUUCCCUAGCUUUCAAAAAUACUUUUGACGUUUUGAAUUCGAAUUUUUUCCCCGUUUACAUCAAAAACGCAUCUAUGGUCGCCAUAUUCGAUUCCAAAAGAAUGAAAACCUCGUAUAAUCUUACAAGCUUCAGGGUUCCUUCUAGGCGAUCCAAACCCCUCGACAUCGCUAUGAAUCUAACCUUCGAUCAAGACAAAGGAGGCCUAGUGGCUACAUUUUGCUCAUUCAAUUCCUCGUGGUUUCACGCGCUUUUCGUUGAGUUUCAAACGACUGUUGUAUUUAAUUAUCUUGUUAGACACGAAGAACAAAUAUCACUACCCACUUAUCAAUAUAUCAAUUGUGGACCGAAGCCUUAAUUUAUACAAUAUUAAUGUUAUGUAUAUAUUUUUUAAUAUAUUAAUAAUUACUAAAUUAAUUAUAUACAUUAUAGAUGUAAGCAACUGAACAAUAGUUAUUAUUUUUUUAGCCUUUUUUGUGAAUCAGGCUGAAAAAUCUUAUAGAUUAUAAAUUAUAUAACCUUAUGUUUUUGAA